AUUUAAAGACCUCGGCACUCGGGCGCUUGUGGUCCGAGCUCGGGGACCAAGCAGGUGCUUGCGUAAAGCGGGCCGAUCCUCUGCGUCACCAAGCUCAUCUCCUGGGGGAUGGGGUGGACGGUGUUCCUUUGACGGACGCUUGUGUAUCCCCGGCCCCCGGGUGGAGUGGAGACGAUGGCCUAUCCUCAGGGCUCCCGGGCUCCGCUGGAAUUCGGGGGACCCCUGGGCGCCGCGGCGCUGAUGGUGCUGCUCCCCGCCACCAUGUUCCACCUGCUCCUGGUGGCCCGCUCGGGCCCGGCGCGCCUGCUGGGCCCACCCCCCUACCUGCCGGGUCCCGACGUGCUGUGGAGCCCGCGGGUGCUGCUGCUGUGGCUCACCUGGCUCGGCCUUCAGGCGGCUCUCUACCUACUGCCGGCGCGCAAGGUGGCCGAGGGGCUGGAAUUGAAGGACAAGAGUCGCCUGCGCUACCCCAUUAACGGCUUCCAGGCCCUGGUGCUGACGGCCCUGUUGGUGGGCUUGGCAGUGUCCGCGGGGCUGCCUCUGGGGGCGCUCCCGGAAAUGCUCGUGCCCUUGGCGUUUGCGGCCACCCUCACCGCCUUCAUCUUCAGCUUCCUUCUCUACCUGAAGGCUCUGGGAGUCCCUCCCUCCGCCCUGGCACCUGGGGGGACCUCAGGCAACCCCAUCUACGACUUUUUCCUGGGACGGGAGCUCAACCCGCGCAUCUGUUCCUUUGACUUCAAAUAUUUCUGUGAACUGCGGCCUGGCCUCAUCGGCUGGGUCCUCAUCAACCUGGCCCUGCUGAUGCAGGAAGCGGAACUUCGGGGGAGUCCCUCACUGGCCAUGUGGCUGGUCAACGGCUUCCAGCUAUUCUAUGUGGGUGAUGCUCUCUGGCAUGAGGAGGCUGUUCUCACCACCAUGGACAUCACACACGACGGGUUUGGCUUCAUGCUGGCCUUUGGGGACCUAGCCUGGGUACCCUUCACUUACAGCCUGCAGGCCCAAUUUUUGCUGCAUCACCCGCAGCCCCUGGGGUUGCCCAUGGCCUCCGCCAUCUGUCUCAUCAACGCUCUUGGUUACUACAUCUUCCGAAGAGCCAAUUCCCAGAAGAACACCUUCCGAAAGAAUCCUUCUGACCCCAGAGUGGCUGGCCUUGAGACCAUCCCCACGGCCACGGGGCGGCAGCUGCUGGUGUCUGGGUGGUGGGGUCUGGUCCGCCACCCCAACUACCUCGGGGACCUCAUCAUGGCUCUGGCGUGGUCCUUGCCCUGCGGGGUGUCUCACCUGCUGCCCUACUUCUACUUCCUCUACUUCACGGCGCUCCUGGUGCACCGGGAGGCCCGGGAUGAACAGCAGUGCCUACAGAAGUACGGCCUGGCCUGGCAGGAGUACUGCCGGCGCGUGCCUUACCGAAUCGUGCCCUACGUCUACUGAAGCAGCUCCACCGACCCCGGGUGGGGGCACGUGCCCACCCGCCCGUCAGCGCACCCAGCACCAGGAGCCUGGACCCCUCCCCUGCUCUGAGCUCCCACAGGCAGGGGUGAACAGCCUCAGGGAGGUGCUCCGGAGAGAGGAGAAAUGAAGCCAGUGCCCCAAAAAUGGGGGGGGGGGGUGGAGGGGCUGCUCGUCCUCCUCGGAUAAACAUCUGGAACCCUUGGUACCACUUCUCUCCCUUUCUGGGGUUAGGGUGUUUAAAAACCAGCUGGGUCAGCUCUGAUCUGGGAGAAGCUGAGAGGUGGUUUGUGGGCCCCAGGGUUGGGGUUGGGGGAGGGGAGAGGGGGUGGGACAACGGCUGUUACUCAGAAAUGGGCACCGAUGCCAGGGCAGACCAGUCGCGGCUUUAUUCAUGACAAAUAGAUCCCAGUUCAGCCAGGGAGUUCCUCAAUGAGAAUUCUUGGAGCAGGUGGCAGGGGGCCUCCCCAAAGCCGCUCUAGCUCCCCAGUGAGGGCUGCCACCUCCUCGGCGGCCACAGCGUGGGCUCGGUGGGCCCUGGCACAGUCUAGAGCCAGGGGCGUGAGGGCCACCUCAUUUUCAUUAGUCCAAGCCAGCAGGAACUGGCACUUCUUCCGCGCCCGGUAGAGGCGAUCUCGCUCUUCGGUAGCCACAGCCUGCCUCCGGGCCUGGCCCAGGGUCCGCGCCAGGUGCCCCAGUGCCGCCAGCGUGUAGCCUUUCUGGUUGGCCGGGCCCUCGCCCAUCAGGAUGCGGGCGGCCUCGCGCAUGGCGCCCCGUGUGCCCAGGGGCCCAGGAGGAUGCUCGCCGGCUUCGAGCACCCGGGCUGCAGCCUGCAGGGCUUCCUCGGCCGAGGCGAAGACCUGCUGCGCACCCAGGGCGCCGGAAACGCCGAGCAGCGUGGCACAGAAGUCGGAGAGCAGGGUGUCGUCGCCGCCGCCGUGAUACAAGGCAAGAGCGUGUGCGUAGGCGAACAGCACGUUGGGCAGCUGGAAGCGCACGAGCGGCGAGGCCGGGCCACGGCUCAGGCUGGCCAGCGUGGGGAUCCGGGUGGGCACGGUGGGCGCGCAGGCCUCGGGGGUGUCUCCGAGAAAUGGCUCGGCGGCGGCCUCCUUCACGGGUUCCGGUGGCGCCCUCGCGGGGGUGGGCUCCAGCCCCACGGGGUCACCGCCCGCAGCAUCGCCCAUCUCCUCCAGGAGCCGCGGCCCGGCCCCGCGUCCCCACCACCACGGCCGCCAUGGGGGCAGCAGCCGCCCGGCCUCGCCCCGGCUCAGCAGCCGCUCGAAGGCCGCCUUCUCGGCCGGGGCCAGGAGCUCCCAGAGCCCCGAGAGGCCGCCGGGCGCCGGGCCAGGCCUCAGGCCUGCGUCCUCCGGGUCGUCCUCGGUCUCGCGUUGCUCACGCAGACGCCGCAGGGCGCUGGCCAGGCGGCUGGGCGAGGCGCUGCGGCCGCGGAGCUCCCCCAGCACCUGGUCCCGGUAGAAGUCUUCGGCGCAGGUGCCGUGCGCCCGGUAGCAGCGCAGCGAGCAGUAGGGCACAUUACAGCGAGGGCAGGUGUAGCGCGCUGGUUGGGCCUGCCCCGCCGGGCAAAAACCGCACGGCCCGGCCGGCUCCAUGGCAACCGGCGCCCGGUGCCACUCGCGAACACGCGCAGGCGGCGCGGGGCGACUUCCGGCGCUAAGCGGUUGCUUCCGCCUCCAAGGGAGGCCAACGGGGCGUAGCCAAAGCUCCCGAGGACUCUCGGCAACUUCCGCCCACACUCGGGAGCCACCCCACCUCUCGGUCAAGUAGGGCUCGGACAGGCGCAGGAGAGGGUUCCUGAGGCACAAGUCCGGCCUGAGCGGUGAGGAGGAAGCGCAAGCGCGCUCGGCGGGAGCUCCGCUGGUACCAGCUCGCCCCCUAGUGGCUCCCUUUUUGGCACCAGAAAGCGCGGUGGCGGAAAUUCAUCCUCGGCGAGGCACCUACUCUAGGCGGCUAAUUGCCCCAGGCCCUCGGGGGAUGAGAUGCGUCCCAGCGCUGGGAGGGUAGCCAUUCUAACUAGGGGACACAAAGCGGAAUAGAAAAAGAAGGAAGAUAGAUUACUUGGCCUACAAUGUGUGUGUGUGUGUGUGUGUGUUGGAGGCGUUUCCCCUCUGGAGAAGAAAGCAAUUUUUAAGACUUGAACUUGUUUGAUUCCCCCUCCUAAUCUGUGGUUUAUCCAACUUUUAAGGGCAGAAUCCACAGCAGGUUCCAAAAUCACAUUGAGGGGCAGAGAUGUGGUCCCUGUCCUAAAGGAGCUUAUUUGUGGUAGAGUGGGCGUGAUAACCCACACAAACCGUGGCAAGUGUCCUGAAGACCAUCCAUGGCACCCAUCAAAGUGAGCUCCGGUUCUUUAGCCCCUCACCUCCAUCUAGUCCCAGCCUCAGUAAGUUGUAUUUAUCUCAACGUGGAUCACUUCUUUCCCUACCAAGAUCUGGAUGGAUUUGAGGACCUUUGAGUCUGCUCUUUCUCUCCAUCCCCACGACCACUGGUUUAAGCUACUGGUCCCUUAACUGGUUUCUGUUCUUGCCAGCUGUCCAGAAAAAUCAGGCAGAGAAAGUACUGGAUCACAAGUCAGAUCACAUCAGGCACUUGCUUAAAACCUUUCCCUGUACUCGGGCGACGUUCCACUGGCACUUGGACUCAAACCCAAACUCCUCCAUGUUAACAAUACCACAUAGCUUUGCACACUGUUCUCCUGGCUGGAACUCUGGUCGUUUCACUUGACAGGUUGCUUCAGGUGUCACACAUCCUCAGAGCCCUUCCCUAUGAUGUUAUGUCUGCCCACCACCCCCUGCCCCUCUUUCAUUACAACACCCUGCUUACUUUCUUUGAGGCUCUAGCACUUGAAACUAACUAGCUUCUGCACUUAGCCCAGGAGAAUCCAAACUCCUAGAAGGGAGGGGACGUCUUUUUUCUAGAAAGAUUACUAGAGAUAAAAAUAGCCAAUAUACUUGCACACUUUCUAUGUGGCAAGUACUGAUCUCAGUCUUUCAUAUCCUUUAUUAGUCUCCACAGCAACUCUGAUGAUGACAGAGAUUAAAUAAGUAGUUUGUCAG